GAAACAGUUCGGGAUACGUCUCCACAGUCCAUACCGAAAUUCUAUCGUCGCGUUUAUGUGCGACCCUCUCGGUACAAUAGCGAAGAAUUUGAGUACUUACGAUAUAAUCGUACCGAAUUGAUUCCAAUCGAAGGACAACCAUCACUGCCUCAAGCCAGUGCAGUACUUUUGGCUCUGUUCCACAUAACGCUGAUUCGAAAUGUUUUCCUUCGACACUUGUGUUUUAACGUCGACUGUCUGUCGUGUGAAAUCGGUUUCCUGUUUCGAAUGCUCGCCGAUCGAGUACCACUCCAGCCUGCGUCGGCAUCGAAUUUUGUACGUUGUUUGCGGUCAAUAGAUGCGGCCAAGAAACUUUUCGACGAAAGCGCUGAACAAGCGAGUCUUCUAUCGAGAACGCGUUCCUUCGUGCAGUUUCUUUGGAAUCGACUCAAAGAGGUUAUUUAUUCUUAA